GAAUGGACUCAGCCACGUCCUCUCCCUCUCGAGUCUCCAGCAGAUCGACUUCGCAGGCUUGCUCGUGCUCUGCUCGAGGUCGCCAAGGAGGGAACGAGUCGGCUGCAGGGCACGCAGAAGAAGCAGGAGGAGGGAGCAGGAGAGAGGAUGCAGCAGAGGCGGGAGGGAGGAGGAAGGAAGGAGCGGGGGAGGACUGAGAGGAGGGAGCCUGCGCCGAAGGACGAGGAGCUGGGGAGAAAGAAUGAGAUCAUACAGAGAGACAGGAAGGAGGAGAGGGAGGAGAGGGAGGAGGAGAGGGAGGAUGAGGAUGAAGAAGAAGACGUUGAGCAAGGGACGAGGAGUGAACAGAAGGAGGGAAAGGAUCCUCCUCCCCGGAAAACCCCCUCCCACACGCCUUCCUGCCCUCAGUCAAAAUUUCUCUCAGACUUCGGUUCCUGUCCUCGUCCUUCCCCAGGGAGCUCACAGGGACCACGAAGUCGCAGCAAGUCCAAGUCUCCUCCCCCCGGGCUCCGCCGAGUGAUCAACGGGAUCUGGCAGGGAGCGCACAAGGGGAGCGGGAAGGAGGAGGAGGAGGAGGAGGAGGAGCCUGAGGGUUUUGCUCUGAUCAGAGACAAAUAUCUCUCUCGCUGCUUAUCCAUUCACCCAGGUCUCCAUGAACAGCAGUCGCCCCAGAAGGGGAAGGCAAACAACCGAGGAGGAGAAGAAGACGGAGACUGCAGCUGUGCGAGCAGCCGUAUGCUGGAUGACGACAAGCUUAUCUCAGCGACCAGGAAGCAGCUGCAGCUGGCUGCUUCGGCCAUCAAGGAAGCUCUCGAGGCCGCAGAGGACGCGAAGGGCCGGCUGAGCAGGCUGAGAAAUUCAACCUCCAGCUCGACUAACGAGCCCGCAAAGAAGCUCAGCUUCAGCCAGUUGGGGUCGUCUGUCCAGCAGGGGAGGGGAGGGCGGCUGCUGGGGGAGGAUCACGAGGCAAGGUGGAAGGAGCACCUGAGAAGCGAGAGCAGCGAGGCCGUGCAGGAGGCGAGGAAGGCGUUCAACGACGCGGUUCUAGCUGGGGAGGAGGUGAUAGUGAGCUGGAUGCAGUUCUGCUCCCAGCUGAGGGAGGUGGACUUCCGCCCGUCCAAGGAGACGCAGCAGCUGGACUAUCUCGGGAGGAGAGCCUCGUCAGCCACCAAGAGGAGGAAGGAAGAGGUCGCAAAUAAGAUGAUGCACUCACUGCUAGAAUCUCCCAACGAGACAGACAUCGAGAGCAGUCUCGUAGGUGAGUAG